AUGUUGACUGAGGUAGACUCGACUCGGGCGUUUCGGUAUCAAUGGUACCUCUGGCGAUUCAUUGGCCUCCAUUCGCCACCAUUGGAUACGUUUUGGGGACGCCACUACCUGGCCUGGACCAUUUUGGUCAAUGUGGUGCCCAUGUUCUAUUUGCCGGUGUCGUUCUAUAUGGAAUGCCUGGUCAGUCGCUCGCUGAUCGAAUUCUGUGAGACUUUCUACCUGGCCGUCGUCACCCUUGUGCAUCAGAUGAAGGUGAUCAAUGUGAGUCGGGUGCAACGCCAUUUGCUGGAGCUGCAGGGCAUCAUGCGGCAGCUGGACGGACGCCUGCAGUCGGAGCCGGAAUGUCAAGUCAUACGCGACACGAUCGACAAGUCGGAAAAGAUCUGUCUGUAUACAUUGCGGCUGUUCGUCAUGGUCCUGGCCACGGGCAUUAGCUUUGCGGCCUGGUCAGACGAGCGCGAGCUGCCGUUUCCCGCCUGGAUGCCGUGGGAUUUUCAGAAGACCCUGGGCAUUUACGCCCUCACAUUCACAGUCCAGUGUGUGGGCAUACUUAUCCUCUCGUUCAUUUCCGCCAGCAACGAUACGUAUCCGCUGGUCUAUCUCGUCAUGGUCGCUGCGCACUGCAAGGCGCUGGCCAUACGCAUCGCCAAGCUGGGCCACAAUGCCCUCAGCCCGGAGCAGACGCAUCAGCAGCUGCAUACAUGCAUCCAGGAUCAUCAGACCAUACUGCAGUACUAAGAAUUAUUGAUGAGAAUCUUGACCACCUCCUUGUCGAGCGCCUGCAUCAUUCAGUUCCUCUGCACGGCCCUCUCUGUGUGCACCCUCUCGUUCAUCGUCAUCUACAUUGAGAUGAGCUUCUUGCGGGCAUGUCAUUUGAUGUUCCUGUUAACGAGCAUCAUUAUUGAGACCCUAAUCGUUUGCUAUGCCUCCGAGCAGGUCACCCACGAGGGCGAAGAGAUGGCCAAUGCGAUCUAUGAAACCAACUGGAUGGAUCAGCCGGUCCGUUUCCGGCGUACCCUGGUGUUCAUGAUGAUGCGCUCGCAGCGCCCCAUUGGCAUUGUGGCUGCCAGAAUUUUGCCUGUGCGCAUGACAACACUGCUUUCGGUUAUCAAGGGAGCCUACACUAUGUUCACGGUGUUGAAAGAAGCCAAAGCGAGGAACUAA